AUGCCCAACAAGCGCCCAUAUAGCGCUUUCCUCUCCAGCAAUCCUGCAGACGCGCCGCAGUCUGCUGAUGGCUUCAACACUUCCCAGCCGCAUCAGGCGCAACAGGCAAUGACCCCUUCAACUUCCUCCUUCCGCAUACCCGGUGCUUGGCCCGAAGAACUUUCGAUCACCGAAGAAGUCGCGCCCGAACCCGCGCCAAUCUCUGUCCUCACAAUCAUCGGGAAACUCGUAGCAACAGUGAAUGUCGCAAACCUUCUGAAUCUACCAAGGCGUAUCGCAAACCGGUUUCUGUACCAGCAAAAAAUCAAGGCAAUCUCCGUCGUCAGCUCUUCUGGCUCCAACAAGAGACGCUUCGUCGCUGCCGGGUAUGGAAAUGAUGCAACUGCGGCGCCAUCACCUUCAGAACGCGUGCGCGCGAAUCAGGCGCGUCGCCAGAACCAACGUCAAAAGCAUGCAUCUCUCGCACAGCCAGAAUUCCGGAAUCAUACAGCCAGUCCUGAAGAAUAUCGCGAACCGGCCGCACCCAUUCAGUCUACGUUACAAGCGCAAGACGCGCACAUUAGCUCAGGCUUUGAGGCACACGCAUUUGGCCACGAACCCGAACCCGAACCCCUCGAAAUCAAUGACGAAGAAGAUGGCGAUAUCAGCAUAGAUUUCUCUUUUGACGACAUACUCACGUCAACUCCACCUCGCAAUGCGCAAACAGGCUCACCCGUGCAUGUAGCGUGGAAUAGCCCGCGGACUCGUUUGCCCACUAGCCGCAUCUCUCCCAUUCAGCCUAAGCAGCCUGUGUUAUCAUCCUCGUCAUCACGCGGCCUUCCACAGUUGCAAUUGUCAGCCCGCCCGGUCUCCCAGAAACCAGCCCCGUCCCUCUUCAAGAGACAUGUGGAAACAGCUCAGAACCCACAGCGCACCGGACCCUGCGCAACCAAACUUCCCUCUGUCACACCUCUGCGCCGUCAACUAGUCAAGCUACAGUUUGGCGCAGAACACAGACGUCUUCAAGCCACUCGACAAACGGAACCUUCAAUAAGAUCUACGGAUCAAGGUUUUGCCGAGUCCGAGCCAACUAAAAUCACCCCCACCCCGGCUGUUGAUCAGGACCUCUCUUAUUUGCCGGAUGCUUCGUCAUCACCGCAGCAAGUGGAGGCCCAAUCUAAAAUCGACGCAUCGCCUAACCAACCCAACAUCCAACCCGCUAGUCCCGAAUUCGAAUACACUAACGACCUAUCAUUUCUUGUUGACGCACCACCUAGACCAUCCGUGCGGUGGGCAAAGCAUGCAGGGACAAAGUCUUUCUAUUGUGACGAAAAGGUCAGCGAUAUGCUUGAUUCUACGCUAGAGAUUAUCAACUCCAGUCCCGUACGGGGAGUCUGGCACAACUUCCAGUACAACCAACAGGCCACAUCUGAUACGGCCCCAUCUUCGCCUCAGUCUUCAGCGACCGAUAGUCCCAAGGCUGCAGCAAUCGAUCCUCAUGCCAAUGAUGGUGGUUUCCAUGGCGUCCCUUCGGACACCUUUGACACUUCUGAUGACUCGCUUGAGGAAUCGGCACUAUCCCUGGAACUUGCCCAAGAUCUUCACAAUGAUUUCAAGACCAAGCUCGCAUUGGCGCCACCACCGCCCCCACCACCCAAACCACUGAUCACGCCCUUAUCUCCCGAAGAAAUGAAGACCCUGUACACCGCUGCGGCAAAUACCAGCAACGGACUCAAGGCCGACAAAUGGGUCAUCGACCAGAAGCUCUAUGCCCGAGAUUUUGCGACACUGCUGCCUCAACUUUUCAAUGGCGAUCCUAGGGCUUGGUUGAAUGACAACAUUGUCAACGAAUAUCUCUCGAUUCUGGUAGCUGCCAAGAAGAAGGAGGCAGGUUUCGAACACAAGCGCGGCGGACCGGCUCCUCCUGUCCAUGCAUUCUCAUCAUUUUGGUACAGCACUGCGGACACAUCGCGUUGGUCCAACCGGUUCCAGCUCAAAGGCAAGCAGUAUCUGGAUGCAAAACUUAUCCUCUAUCCCAUCUGCGACCGGGGACAUUGGCGUCUACUGGCUGUUUAUCCUCAGAAACGCUCCAUCGAAUACCUCGACUCGAUGAGUCUCAGCGGUCAGAAGUACAUUGAUAAGCUCGAUGAAUAUCUGCAGAAGGAGCUUGGUGACUUGUACAUCGCCGACGAGUGGUCCAAGGGCACGAUUCAGCGCAGCAGUCAGCAACUGAACAGCAGUGACUGCGGCGUCUUCACUCUUCUGAAUGCUCUAACACUCCUCCGCGGUGACGAUACAAAGCUCGUGCUCGCCACUAACGGUAUGGACGACGCACGCAAGCGCAUCGCAGCUACUCUGCUCGCCGGACGUCCGACAACAGAGCUGGACUGA